AGAUGUAAUACCGCCUCGCUCUCGCCUGAGGGGGGGCUCAACAGGGCAUCCGCCUGCUUCCCCUCCAGUCCCCGCCACCGCACCCCCUUUCCUCUUCCCUUGCAAAGCCUCAGCCACGCCAAUUUUUCCUUUUCUCCCACGAUGCGGACCGCGACUCUAUCCUUCCUGAUCGCCCCUCUGCUGCUCCUCGGGAGCGAGGUCGCGCUGGCAGCUCCGCCCCCGGCGCAGACGCACCAGGGCGGCAGGCGGGGCGCGCUGCUGGCGCCGCGGCCGCGGGCGCAUGUCGCCGUGUCGGGCCCGGCCGUGCACGUGGGCGACCGGGCGGCCGACGUGGUCGGCAUCCUCGCGUCGGACCUCAGGCUCCUGUGUGCCAACAGCCGGCAGCGGUGCGACGAGCAGCUGUUGACGCUGACGUGGGUGCCGCAGCGGCCGGCGGCAUCGGGCGGUGGCGGCGGCGACGGGCUGGCGUUGAAGGAGCUCAAGGUCUGGUACUCGGGGGCCUGGACCGAGUUCUCCAUCUUCUCCGGGCUCGUGGAGCUCAUCGGGCAGACGUUCAACGCGACGGCGUUUGGGGGCGCUGCCGGCAACAGCAAUUGUUGGGUGCAGUCAUACCGAGCCGACGACGGCUCGGCGGCCGAGACGGAGAUGUGCGAGACGGGGCAGUACCUCCACGCGCAGUACGACGCGGACCCGGACGUGGAGGCGCAGCGCGCGCGGGAGGGCAAGCGGCCGUCCAACUACCUCCGCGUCGGACUAGGCUACAGCCAAGGCGCGCUAGGCCGCAGCGGGGAGGUCGGCUGCGACUGGAAGGGGGCCCAGGGCGGCGCGCUCGACGGCGGGAUCGAGUCGUUCAAGAAGAUCCUCCGGACCGCCGGCAUUUCGAGGCCGAACCGGGUGGAGUCCGAGUGCUGCCAGGAAAGGGACCGUUGUAUCAAGAUGCCUCUACCUUUGUGAGAGCUAAGAAUGCCGAGAGAUCAACCCCUCCAAGAGAAAUGGUGGGUGGGUUGCAUGGCGAAACUGAAGAGGAAAGGAUCGACAAUCGGGAUCGGGAGUUCAACUUCACGGAGUUCUGUACUCGAGUAUCACGCAGGGUAGCGUUGCUAGACAACAAACUACAUAAGCCAACAGACUCCUCGCUAGUCGGCUACCUGGAGCUUGUCGUCGCCGGGG